UAUGCAAUAAUGUAGUAAACAGACCAGGGCUGUGAGGAAUUGCCAUAAAACACGUCUGGUUAACGUUGCAGCCAUAUACAUUUCAGUGAACGAGAGCAGGGCGUUUCUGCGUGGGAGUCCCUCGGCUAAUGUCUGGAUCCUGUUUCUAGUUUAUAUUUGGUAAGACUACUUUAGCAUUUAGCCAGUUAGCUAGAUAGCAUUCGCUAGCUAGUGUAAGUCUUAAAUGGGAAGGCUUAGCUACUUAUUUAGGUAGGCUAACGUUACAUGAUACGAGUGCUCUUUAUUUACUGACAGCUAACGUUACGCUGUACAAUGGAGCGUCGCAUGGUGUGAAUCCAAUGUUUCGUCUUUUUCACCAAACCAGUGGCAACAACAACAACAAUGCUGACGUUACUUAUUAUUUACCAGGUUGUGUCACGUGCUAAAAGGCUAGAUGGAGAUGAACUGCGACUCACAAAAGAAGUGUACGAUAUCGGGAGGGGGCAGCAGCAGAGGGCGAUGAUUAAAAAGCAGCUGUCAAGUCAGACAGUUUCCACUAAGCUUCAAAGAUAGACAGGAAGUUAUGGAAAUAGUUACAUCCUGUUAGAUGUCAUAGUUAGGCUACCUGUAGUUUGCAGACCACGUUUGGAUAAUUUGUAAUGACAUAUGUGGAAAUGUAUAUUUUAUUCUUUACCUUGUAAAGCACAUUGUCAUUGCUGCUAUAUGAAUAACCUUUAUUGUUAUGAUCAACCACACAAUAUUUACCCUCAUUGCACAGCAUGAGACUAAUAGCAAACAAUCUAGUGGUGAAUAUUACAUCUACAUAGAUGAUUAUAAUUUUCUAUAAAACAUAGUGUUUGUUGUCAAAACCAAGGGCAAAUCAGCUCUUUGACCAGGCAUUUCCCAUCAUGCCCUGGGUCUUGCAGUAGGUGUAGAGCAACUGCAGCGCCUUGCUCUAUAAACUGCGGCUGCCUCUAUCUUAUGAGGCUUUAGUUACACACUUGUGCAUGAUGUCAGAGCAAUAUGAGAUCAAGUUGGACAAAAAUCGAACCGGCAUGCAUUGUGCGGCAAUAGCCGGUGAUUGAUUCUGCACUUGCCUGGCUCAUCACAAACUAGUCUAACAUUUCAGCCAAAGCCAGCCAUGUCCAGUUGAACCACACAUGCUCCUCCAGGAUCUGUCAUAUUCUCCUGUAACGUGACUUGGAAAGCUAAUAUCUAAACUAUGUUUUUGUCUUGCAGAUCUUUGAAUUGGAAAUUGCACUACUCCAAGGAAAAUCUAUUCAUGACUUGUUUAACUCUGUAUGUGAAUGUUUGGCAGGUCAUGUCUGCCCCCCUCCCACACAUGAGUGCUGUUUUCUCCUUGAGCUGGGCCAAGCGUUAUGCCUGACCGGGACAGCUCCUACCUGUCAGGUGGCGGUGGGAGUGGUGGUAGUCUGGGUGAGGAAGGAGGACCUGGAUCUAGUUUGGCAGGGGCCACGGCGGAGGGCAGAGGUGGUUCAGGAGGAAGUCUCGGGGGCAACCUCUCUGGCUCUGGGAGCAUGGGGGGUGGAGGGGCGCUCGGAAAUGGCAACAGCAGUGGGAACAGUGGAGGUGGGGGGCAAGGUGCAGGACUGGAAGUGGGCGGUGUCUGCAGGGACUUCAUACGCAAUGUCUGCAAGAGAGGAAAGCGCUGCCGCUUUAGACACCCGGACUUUAAUGAGGUGCCGGACUUGGGAGUGCAAAAGAAUGAAUUUGUCUUCUGUCAUGACCACCAGAACAAGGAGUGUAUGCGCUCCAGCUGCCGCUUUGUCCAUGGAUCUAAAGAUGAUGAGGACUAUUACAAGAAAACAGGAGAGCUACCCCUCAGACUAAGAGGGAAAGUUGCAGCACGACUGGGCCUGUCCCCAAUGGAUCUCCCCCACAGCCGUGGGGAAGUCCCUAUCUGCAGAGACUUCCUGAAGGGGGAGUGCCAGAGGGGUAAUAAGUGUAAAUUUCGCCAUGUCCAAAAAGACUAUGAAUAUGAGCCAUCCGGGGUUGGAGUGGGUGGUGUUAUAGGGCCAGGUACCAGUGGAAUGGUGAAUGCUGGGGGAGGGAUAGGUGGGGGAGGAGCAGGUGCCUGUGGAGGAAUGCAAGGACUUGUGGGAGGUGGAGGUGGAAGUAACAUGAUGGGGAUGGGGAUGGGGAUGGGUUGCCCCAGCCUGGCUGGUUGCAGAGAUCCAGGUGUCCCAGGAGUCGGGGGGGUAGGUGGAGGUGGGAUGAGUACUUGUCUGUCCAUAGGUUCUACAGGGCCACGGCGCUUUGACAGGAGCUCAUGCUCAGUGUAUGACCCUCUGCUGGAAAGCGGGCUGUUUGAUGCAAGCUCCCUAGAGGCCUCCAUGGACCACACGGCUCUACACUUGAAGAGGCGGCGGUUGGAGGGGCUGCGCCUAGCUGAUGUGAGCGGAGGUGCGCACUACGAGCUGGGAGUUCAAGCCACCUUGCAACCACGCUCUCUGGAGUUCAGGUUCCUGGAGGAGGAGAACUCCCUACUGAGGAGGAGAGUAGAGGAGUUAAAGAAGCAGGUUUCAAAUCUCAUUGCCACAAAUGAGGUUCUUCUGGAGCAGAACGCCCAGUUCCGAAGCCAGGCCAAGGUGAUGACGAUGUCUUCCACUCCUGCACCCACUGAGCAGAUUCUGGUGCCCCCCUUGGGUGCAAUAAGUUCCUACAAUCAUAGCAUUGCUCAGACUCACACCACCCUGAGCAGCGCCGGACUGCAACCUCGGUCUCUCAUCCAGCACGACCUGGUAGCAUCUACCGGCGCCCCUUCGGCUGCCCAGAGUAACGCUGCCCCGCCUCCAGCCCCUCUGCCUCACCUCAACCCUGAGAUCACCCCGCUCUCCGCCGCUCUUGCACAGACCAUUGCCCAAGGGAUGGCGCCACCUGUUUCUAUGGCGACAGUGGCUGUAUCUGUGGCUCCGGUGGCAGUGUCCAUGACGCAGCCCAUGCCCGGCAUCACCAUGAGUCAUGCCACCACCCCGAUGGUGUCGUACCCCAUCGCGAGUCAAAGCAUGAGAAUCACCACUCUGCCUCAUUAACUGAUUAAAGGCAGGACUGUAGCAUCCUUAACUGUGAUUUUUAACAUAGAUGGCCUUCUUUUAUGUGUAGGGUACUGAACUGAUGACAGAAGUAGUAGACACUUGUACCUCUCCACCAGGGGGCGAUAUGAAGACUCCCCUCAGUCUGUGUUGUGUGGAAACAUUACAAAGACUUUUUUUCAUACAGACUUGACUUACCUGUGAACAGUUUGGUAUGAAAGAGAUCUUUUCAAACGCCUGCAGAUAAAUUGAAAAUGUAUGAGGUCAUCCAUAUUGUUUGAACCAUUUCUGCAACACUGCUUUGCAGUCCUUGUGGGGACAUGACGAUUUUGGAAGCAGUUUGUGUUGACAUUGUUGUGGAUUGCUCUGGUGUCAAUUUACAAAAAUAAUAACCAACUCAACAAUGACUCCUGCGUUAUCUGUCACUUUGUUUUAAUUUUUUUUUUUUUUUUAACAGCUGCCCUCUUCAGUUCACAUUUACUUGUAUAUACUCGGGUAAAAUGCUCAUGUUUACAUCCCCAUUGCUGGAGUUGUUUGGGUGGAGUCACACUGUGUAAACUUGAAUAUAAUACCCGUUGCUUCUCCAGUAGCCUCAUAUCCGUGUGGCUCUUUAAACAAGUGGAGUGUGUGGUGUUGGUGUACAAUGGGAAUCAUGGCCUGGUGCUUGUGCGGUCUCACCGGAUCUAAGGGAUCGAGGAGAAUGUCCACUCGGCUGUUUUUAGAAUAGACUGGAGCAGCAGAAAGACCACUGACCAGGGGUGCUGGUGGGUUAACGACUUGACAGGAAGAAGUGAGGUAUUUGAUAUAUUAUGCAUUGUCCCACUGGUACAGUUUAAGUUGUAUUUGAAUAAGUAAGUGGAGAAUCUCGCUUUUCGGUAACAUAAU